AUGUCCGAGAGCGACGAGCAAUCUGACCUCGAGGACCUCGAAGACUUUCUUGGUGAGGAGGUUGAAGAGGAGUACCUUGACGGUGACCAAGGAGAAGAAGAUCCUCCUGAAGGAGAACUUCAAGCUCCUGGACCUUCAGUGACUCCAACGCCGACAUCACCUUUGCCGGCGACGCCUCAGAGACAGGGCAGAAAUGGCCCUAGGACUUCACCUUCGGCACCAUCAGCUGGUUCCAACUCAGGUGGCUCAGUUCAACGAGGUGACAGAGCAAAAUCCGAGAUGAAGUCAGAGAAGUCGUCUAGUUCUCAGAGGCGACCACGUGGAAACCUUCCAGCUGCACCGACUUUUGACGGUGACAGGCGCAAAGACCCGAAGUGCUUCAAGAAGUACGCCAACCGCGUGGAUAGCUAUGUGGCCAUCGCGGAGAAGAUCAUCGACGAUGGUGAGAUUGGCUUGAGGCUUCAUGCAGCCUUGGAGGGUGAGGCCGCUGACUUCUUGGAAGAUGUGCCAGCGAGGGUCUUUGGUGAGAAGGAUGGUUGGAGGGUACUUCUCAAAGUGCUCAAAGAGAAGUACGAUGAGACAAGGAUGUCAAAGGUUGGAAACGCUAUGAAGUCUUUCUUCAGCAUGCAGGUGAGCAGCGGCGACAAGGACAACAAGCCUUGCACUAUGCGGGACAUCAUUGACAAGAUGGACCAAGCUGCCCGAGGGUGCAAAGAUGCAGGUCUGUCGAUUCCAGACCCUGUGAUGAUCUACUUCUUCUUCGUCCACUCCAACUCUUCAUCGGAGAGGCAGGCAAACCUUCUGCUGAGGACCAAUGGAGAGUAUGACUGGAGCAAGAUCAAGCAAGCUGUGGAGCUGCUCUACCCCACGGUGGUGGUCAAGCAGGCCGACAAUCGUGGACGACCUGGUCGAGGACGUGGAGCACACGAAGUUCAACAGCAGUCAGAUGCCUGGUAUGGCGAUUGGCCUAUGCCGGAUGCAUCUGAUCAACAGUUUGGAGAGUGGCUUGAAUACCACGACCCUGUCGAGACGGUCGCCGAGGCCUUCAGCUAUGAGGAGGAGCAGGCAAUCCCAGAAGGUCUUGCACGUGAACUUCAUGGAUGCUUUGCCAGUCACCGAGAGAACAGGCAGAAGCUUGCGAAAGCUGUCCAAGCCCGCGGAUACUAUGUCAAGGGCAAGGGCAAGAGCAAAGGUGGAAAAGACAGAUCAAAAGGUGCAACCCCGAAAGGCAAAGGCCGUGGGAAAAGUGGGGGUAAAGCCCGUGGAAUGAGUUUGGAAGAGCUCAAGAAGGUGACAACUUGUGCAGAUUGCAAUGAAACUGGACAUUGGCGUGGUGAUCCCGAGUGUCGUAAGUCCAAUGUGGCAAUCAAGGAAGAGCCGGAGGAGUACUACGACGACGACUAUGACGUCGACGAGUGGUUCACUGGAUGCUACGACUACGACCCUCAUGCAGCACAACACCAAUGGUCUGGAUGGACUGAUGACUACAAACAGCAGGCCGACGAGAGAUCCGCUCAUGCCUUGCAGAGGACGAAUCGUCGUCGAUUCCUGGAGCCCAAGAAGGAGUUGGACUAUGAAGCCUACGACGUCGCCAAGAACAUCGUUGAGCUGAAGAACAAGGCCCGGAAGAUUGAGAAGCCGCAGUGGUCUACUUCAUACAGAUCGUCUUCAACGACUUCCAACAUCACGCGCUCCGAGGAGUUCCUUGCGGAGAAGGAUACCGGACCGGGGUCCAACUACGACUAUGUCAAGUCCAUCCCCAACGCUUCGAGAUCUCAGCCUAUGUCAUCAGCAGGUGCGUCUGCUGUACGAGCUGCCCAAGUUGACUCCAACACUGGGCGCACUUUUGAAGAGCUUGGCUCAGUUUGGGCCCUUCUCAACGACUCCAAGGACAAGCCGGACAUCGACAAGAUGCGGGUGCGACAGGCCUACACCAUGCGGAAGGUCGACUUCGACUUGACCGACGACGAGCUCAUCGCCGACGAGAAGAUGCCCAGGCUGUCUUUCAGCCUUUCAAGACGCAAGCCCACUGUUGAAGAUGGUCGUGCUUACCUCACGAUCGACACCGCCUGUGAGAACACAGUCGUUGGCAGUGGCUACAUCGACAACUUGGUGAACAAGCUGAAGGACCACAACCUCAUGCCCUUGCAGCAGCCCGAGAAGGAGCAGUACUGCUUUGGACCUGGGAAGCCACAGACCUCAACUACCAGGCUUUCCAUCCCAGUUGGCAUCGGUGGCAAACCUGCCAUCAUCCGAACCUCACUCAUCAAGGAGGACAAGCUGACUGGUGGGAAAGGCCCCAAUGGCAUUCCUUUCCUCGCAGGACAAGAUUGGCUGCUGAUGAUGAAAGCCGUCAUCGACAUUGGCAAGAACAUGAUCCAGCUGCCACUGCUGGAUGUCCAGGUGCCGAUCUCGGUUGACACCUCUGGCCAUCUGGUGAUCGCCAUCGAUGAGUACCCAGAAGAUGGUUGGCCUCCGGGAUUGACGACAACCGUCGACCAAUAUCCUGGAGCAGUUUUUGUGGCUGGUCGCAAACGCGAUGCCAUUGACGGUGACUUCUACCAGCCGAAGCGCGGUAAAAAGGAGCGUGAGGUGAUGGCAGAUUUGAGUUCAGCUACCUCUCCAUUCAUCCCCAAUUUCAACUACGAGCCCAAUCACGAUACUUUGAACCAUGGGAUUUCAAAGGGACCUUGCAGUGUUCAAUCAGACUACUGGGAGUACAACAUCAAAGAGCACAUGGCCAUCCGCCACCACUGCAGGCCGAGAACAACCCUUUUUCAUCCUGGAGAAGCUCACGACAGGCCAGAUACCGAGAACCUGGUGUCCUACAGGGUUACAUGUCGUGGGGGUUCAAUGAAUCCACAACUAGACGAUUGGACCAAGUCAGAGAAUGGGAUGAAAGAGGAUGCAAAGCCAUGGACGGGUUGGACAUGUUUCUUUUUCAAAGGAGCAGAUCCACGUGCAGCACUUCCAACACCUCCAAUUUGUGGGACAGUUGCAUGUUUCAAAGAUGGUGUUCGAGUUCAUGUGGACCCCAACAGUCUGACCCCCAUGCCAAACAACAAGAAGAUUGUCACGUUUGACCUGCAGAGUGAAAAUCCAAUCUUUGAACAUGCCUCAUCAGUGCGGCAGCAACGUUUUGCCAUUCCUGAAGGGCAAUUUGGUUCGAGUAACCAACAACCUCAACAUGCCGAGCUCCCACUCUCACCGAGCGAAGACUCAGCCUUUGGGCCAAUGGCGUCGCUUGGUGAUGCAGCUCAACUUCGUGAUGAACUUGGCCGCAAAGUGGGUGACCUCGAACCUCGCAAUUCGAGAAGUGAAACACCGUGCACCAGCUCUGAUGGGCUACGCCGAGGCAAUGGUCAAGCAGGAGAUCCAACAAGCUCAAGAGACGACAUUGCCAAGGACUUUGCCACCUUCGACGACGGCAGUUCCGGGACAGACGAGCCGGGUGAUCAAGCAGCUCUACCCCGUCCCGACCGACAUGUGCCCUCACGAGGUGGAACACGCCAGAAGGAUUGGCAACAAGCACGGGAAGUUUCUGGAAUGUGUGAUGUGCGGCACCGUGAAGAAGGCGCUGGACGCGGAGUAUGUCAUCCCGAUCAGCGGCGAGAAGGUGAACGUGUACGCACUUCAACACGGAAUUCGAAACUGUCCGGGAGGAAAGGUGGAUCCGUCAACUCGACAAACACCAGCCUCUUCAGCAAGCUCGGCCAAGUGCUAUUUGCGCUCAUUGCCACAAGCUUCGGAACCACACUCCAGGACAUUGGGCAGAAGGACUUCGGGCAGAAUUCCUUCAACGACCCGGGAUGGUUAUCCAACGAUCUCACCAGCUUCCCCCGAAUCGGAAAUGUGGGAACAGGUGGGGAACGAGCCGAUGGAAGAGGACCAGUAGAUCUACAAGAUCCACUAUAUGAAGGACUUCCUCAACGUUUGAAGUCCGGUGUCAAGAAGCGGCUCACACAUUCAGCACGACGAGCUCUACAAAACAGUCGAUCUGCCAGGGAGAUCGUGGCUGACAAGGCGGCCAAGUCAAGAUGGCCGAAGAAGAGCUUCAACUAUGACGUGCUGGAAGUUUUUGGAGGAACAUCUAUGGUCUCCAUUCAAGCAGCACGACAUUGGGGACUACGAGUCAUGCAGCCCAUCGACAUCAGAGUUGGCAUUGACUUGCGCAAGCGCCGAGAACGACGAUGGCUCUUGCGGAAGCUGGAUGUAUGGCGUCCAAGGAUGGUUUUGGUAGAAUAUCCUUGCACACCUUGGAGCAUCUUGCAGAGGAAUGUCAACUUCCUUGACGACCCGGAGGCGCUCCAUCGACUUCAACUGGCCGACAAGCCCUUCCUCAAGCUGACGAAGGACAUCUUCGAUGGACAAGUUCGACGUGGUGGACAUGCACUCACUGAGAACCCUGCAACAGCCGACAGCCAGAAGGAGCCGGAGAUUCAAAAUCUACGUCAACGCUUCUAUGAGACGACAAGCUGUAUGUGCAGGUUUGGCAUGAGAGGAAGGGGAGGCAAGCUCUUGCGGAAGAGAGUGCGAUGGAUCGCAACUCACAAGAAGUUCGUCGAGGCGCUGGAUCUACAAUGUCGUGGAGAUCAUGAACAUGAGAAGGUUGAAGGCCAGAACACGGCCUUAUCAGCACAAUAUCCUCCAAAGCUGGCAGACGUGAUCUGCAAGACCUACCUUGAUGUGGUCUCCGAAGAGGACUUUGGAGUUCACUACAGCUGGGAACCUUUUGAACGACGAGGAGCUUACUUCAUCGACGUCAUCAAGGAGGAGGACAAAUGGCGACCUCUUCUACAACAAGCAGCGGAGAUCCUUGCGAGAAAGGUUCAGAAGGAUAUCUUCCUCGAUCCCAGCACCGAGCUCUACAAGCAGAUCUCUACACUGGUUCCAUGGCAGAUUGCCAACAUCCAGAUCUCCCAUCUGCCAAAGGCCAAGAGGAUCAGACCUGGCCUUGAGAAAUGUCACAGGUGUUCAGUUCUUUUGCAGAACGACGAGGCGGUGCUGAUAGAAACAGAACAUCUUCCAGAUGCUCAAGCACCACGUGAACGUUUCAUCACACCUGUGAGGUAUGGCAUCUUCGUCCUUGGCUAUGCACCUGGAGAUCCUCAAGCACCUUCACCAGCUCAACCACUUCCUCUACAACCUGCACCUGACCCUGGCGAUGUUGUGGUGGAUCACCUUCAAGAAGGUAUGGAAGAUCAACGCUUGGUCCGACAGGACUUUGGAGCUGGAGAAUGUUGGUUUCAAGGACCUCCACUACGUGCUGAACAGAAGAAACUGGCUCCAAGCGUGGUGAGACUUCACCGCAAUUUGGGCCACCCUCGGACUGAGGAUUUUGUCCGAGCAUUGGUGCAACACGGUCGCAUGGACCCUGAAUGCAUCAACUUAGCCAAGAGGCUGAAGUGCGCAACAUGUGAAAGGACGAGAAGACCUUUGCCGCCGAGACCUACGAGUUUGAAGGCGACGGGGUGCUUCAACGACAAGGUCUGCAUGGACUUCUUCUUCUUGCACGACAUCAACGGCAUCAAGCACACGUACUUGCACAUCUUGGACCCGGCUGGUGGCUUCAACCUGUUUGCCUGGUCACCAUCGAGAUCCCCUGACGACGUCUUGAAGAUUUUCCACAGCUCCUGGGCACAGUGGGCUGGAUAUCCAAGACGGAUCCUUCUCGACCAAGAUGGCGGUUUUGAAGGAACCUUUGCCGAGAUGAUCGGACGAGUCUCAGAACUGGACUACAGUGCAGCCGAAGCCCAUUGGCAGAACGGAGAAGUAGAGAGCUUCAACAAAGCUUUUCGAUUUGCUGCCGAGCGCAUCAUUGAUGAACGACAGCUUGCUGGACAAGAUGAGAUGCAGACACUCGGCAUCAUUGUCUCAGCAGCCAUGAACGACAAGGUGCGGACUUCAGGGGCCAGUGCAAAUCAGUGGCUUUUUGGAAAGAGUCCGCAGAUGCCUUUCGACUUGCUGGACCGCGAGGGGCAAAUCGAAGCUCUACAAGGACAAGAACCAGAUGAAGAACUUCGGCUACGGCAAUACAUCAGAGCACAAGCAGAUAUGCUCAUUUCCCAGUACAAGAUCGACCAUGCACUCCGCACAGCUGUCAACAGGAAGGGCCGACCUUCACGGCUUACCUAUGAACCUGGAGAGCUAGUGGCUUUCUGGAGAAACGUGAAGAGGAAGAAAGGCAAACUUCUACAACCUGGAUGGUAUCGAGGCACCAUCAUUGGACCUCAUCGUGGCACUGAAGAGGGCAACCAGAGCAACUACUGGGUGUCUUCAAAUGGAAGACUCAUCCUCGUGUCCAAGGAGCAGCUCAGACCUACAUAUGGUACGGAGCGCUGGCGCAUUGAGGAGGAGGACCUUCAGAACUACCUGGAGGACGACCACGACUUCUACGAGGACGAGACUGGCGAUGGUCCGCCAGAAGAUGAUGAUGAUGCUUCAGCAAGAGCAGAUUUGGAGAUGGUGGUUCCCCCGCUCAUGGACGAGGAGUACACACCAACUACACCGAUCGAUACGCCUCGAGAAGAUCCAGAAGUUCCAGCCGUUCAAGAAGGACCAGAAGAGAUGGAUGUGGCUAUCAAUCUCAAGGUGCCUUCGACACCAAGCGACGGAACUCAACCUCACCCAGAUUCACCACUAGCAGCGAGAGCAAGCAGAGCACCAGGCACUCCAGUUGCUGGACUACUACAACGAAAACCUCCAGAACGAGUGACACCUCCCCGCUCAUUGGAGUCGGAACCUUUUCCAAAACGACCAAAGACAGAUGAACAACCUGACGGAAGUCAACGUGAGGCGAUGGUGAACAACACCUACGUGCCGCAGUACCACUACGAGAAGCUCGCCAUACCGAGCUCAAGUGUCUUCAUGACCAGGAAAGACCAGAAGGCCUUGGAGAAAGAGGAAUGGGAUACAUGGCUGAAAUAUGAAGCCGUGGUGGUGCUGAACAACGAGGCGUCCAACUAUGUCUCUCAGAACGUGGACUCCUCUCGCAUCCUCAACACCAGAGUUUGCUACAGGAACAAGAACGCCGCGUUCCCUUGGAUGCCCAUCAAAUACAAGGCAAGAAUCGUCUGCAGAGGCGACAUGGAUCCGGACCUCUUGUCGCUGCGCAGAGAUGCACCUACGUUGGCAAGAUUGUCGCUGAUGGUGAUCUUGCAAAUUGCCAUAUCGAUGGCCGACUGGUUCAUGUUCAACGCGGACAUCACAGGAGCCUUUCUCCAAGGAGAUCAGUCUUUGGCCAGUCGAAAAGAACCACUUUACCUUCGACAGCCUCGAGAAGGACUUCCUGGACUUUUCCGAGACCAACUUUUGCUGGUGGUUCGCGGAAUCUUUGGCUUGGCAAAUUCUCCACGCCUAUUUUGGCGACAUCUCCGAGAUACUCUACUUCAGCUUGGCUUUGUGCAGUCCACUUUGGACAAGGCCUUGUUUUUCUACUACCAGGACAACAAGCUGAUCCUGGCAGUUGGCGCACACGUCGACGAUUUGAUCGGCACAGGGAAGCCUGGCGAAGCGGACAAGGUCCUCAAGAAGCUUCGCGACAUCUUCGACUUCGGUGCUUGGGCUGAUGAUAGAGAAGAUAAGAUUUUGGAAUAUGGUGGAAAGCAGAUCACCAGAGAGAAUGGUGUGAUCAAGCUGACCCAGACGAAGUUCAUCCAAGCAACUUCGGUGACUCCAGUGCCAAAGUGGAGGACAGCUACACCGGGAGCUUCUUUGAUGCCUUCCGAGCUGACCGAACUUCGCAGUGUUGGUGGUUGCCUACACUGGCUGGUGGGGCAGACACGUCCUGACCUUGCAGCUGGGACAUCGCUAUACAUGUCCGGCCAACCGACCAUCAACAACUUGGUCACCCUCAACCGCCUGCUCAAAGAAGCCAAGGGCAGCGAAGAUUGGGGCCUGACUUUUCGAAAGAUCGACCUCGAGGAUGCCAAGAUCCUGGUCUACUCUGACAGCAGCUGGGCAAAUGCAGACCAACUCAAGUCGCAAGCUGGCUUUAUGGUCUUCAUUGCUGGUGGCAACAUCGACUCCUAUGAGGGCGACGCGGUGACACUCUUGGAUUGGAGAUCCCACCGGAUCAAAAGACAGUGCAGAAGCACCCUUGCAGCUGAGACCAUGGCGAUGGACUCCGCUGUGGACGCUGGAAUCUUUUGCCGAGAGCUUUUUGCAGAAGCUUUGAUCCAGGACUAUGUGCCCACUACGUCCGGGAGAUUGCCAACAAGCUUCAUGGCCGUGCUGGCGGUGACCGACUGCCGCAGCCUCUAUGACUUGCUGGUGAAGGAUGGCGCACCUUCAACGACACAAGAGAAGCGGCUGACGAUCGACAUCAGUGGCUUGAAGGAGAUAGCAACUGAGUUCGACCCCGAAGGGGAACAGCUCAAGGAAGUUUUUCGUUGGGCCAAGCUCUGUGAGACCACAGACGCCAAGCAGUACUAG